AUGAGGAUUAGUGAGAUGAGCGUGAAUCUUGACGGACUUCCUCCAUCCGUAGAGGUUAAAGGUGAGCUUAGCCUACUCGAUCCGCUUUCUAGAAACUCAGCCCUUGAAUUCUGUAUAUACAAAGUGUUUCAUUGCGACGGCUUGUUGCUAUGCAUCUCCCAAUGUUAUAGAAUCGUGGUCUGGAACCCGUUAACUGGUCAGACCAGGUGGAUCGAAUCCGGUGGCGUGUUAAGCCGCAAGUUUGCUCUGGGAUACUAUCAAGACGAGAAAUCCAACACUAGGAGCUACAAAGUAUUAAGCUAUUUUAACGUUUAUGAUGACCGGAAUUCGAAAAUAUACGAUUUUGAGACUGAUUCAUGGAGGAUUCUUGAUGGUGAUAGCGUUGGACGCCCGGCUUGUAAAGGAGAUGAGCAGAUGGUGUCUUUCAAGGGAAAUAGUUGCUGGUUUGCCAAUGAAGAAAAUCCGGAGCUCGACGUAUACUUGCUCACGUUUGAUUUUGCAACUGACAAGUUUGGGCGUGUGCCUCUUCCCUAUAAGCCUCGUUACUAUGGGCGUCUUUCAGUUGUUAGAGAAGAGAAACUUUGUGUGUUGUUGCAACAAAAUUUUUGGUCAAAGAGUGAGAUAUGGGUGACAAGUAAGAUUUGUGAGACCAAUAAAGGUGUGUCUUGGAGCAAGGUCUUAGAAUUUGAUUUGAGGCCUCAUAAUCUGGAGUUGCCUCUUGCAUUCUUGUUCGAUGAGGAGAAGAAAGUCGUCAUUUGUUGUGACAGAUGGUUCGACGAGAAUGACGAUGGAUACGGCAAAGACAUGGUAUACAUUGUUGGGGAGGAUAAUAAUGUCACACAAAAGGAAUUUGGACUGGGUGAGUACUAUAGCUGUUUGCCAGCUGUUCUUAAUUAUUUCCCAAGUUUGGUUCAAAUCGAGCGAGCUGGAGGCAAGAAAAGAAAAAGACUCGACACGUAA